CGGGACGUCGCAGACGAGAUGCAAACUCGUGAAUCUGGGAGCAGCAAGGAGCCCGAGAACGAGUAGACAUGGCGACGUUCCAAGUGUCUGGGCAAGGUCUAGACUGUAUGGGUUUGUCUCCCCUCUACGGUCCUCCGGAGGAAGAGACGAUCGAGCUGAUUGAGAAAGCUGCCGAGGAUUGGGUCACUCUGCUCGACACUUUCAACUUGUAACGACCCCGCACAAGCGAGAUUUCCAGGAGUCAGUGACAAGGUGCAGCUCUGCUCGAAUUUCGCCCUCCAGAUGGGUGAGAGAUGCUUGGAAGUCAGAGGAUGUCCGAUCUUCGUGUGAGGGGAGCCUCAAGAGAUGAGAUGUGGAAUGCAUCGAUCUAUACUAUCAGUUCCGCGUGGAUGACAAAGUUUCAUUCGAGAUAACGGUUCAGUACAUGGGAGAGUUAGGGAUGUUAGUCCAAGAAGGGAAGAUCAUAUAUAUCGAACAGUCUAACGCAUCCGCUGCCGAGAUUCGUAGAGCACAUGCCGUGCACCCUAUCAUCGCCAUACUCUUUUUGGACUCGGGACGUUGUGGAGGACAGACCCAACAUGCUGACUCAUCCAAGUUUUUCCCCUGAGAAUGAUCAACAGUUUAAACUUUCUCUUAAGAAGUUGAUGGCAUGGGAGGUGAGAGUAAUUGUACAGCAUGUGAGCUUGACCUCGCCUGGGUACAACACUAUGGGAGCAAAUCCAAUUCAACGCACAACCAAGUUUUUUCGUUUUUAUGGUAGCAAAAAGAAAAUAAAGAUGUAUAUAGAAAAGGGAGACAAUCCAACCGCAGGUUCCUAGCCUGUGGUUACCAAAUUAUUAGUUUGCAAAGUCAGAAAUCCCACAAUCCCUAUGGCUACCUUUUCAACUGUAUGU